AUGAGUAGCAUGCUGACGGGUCGAGCACGUGUUGUAUAUGUUGGCGAUGAAUUCAUUCAUUUAUCCAAAGGUGGUUUGGAUGGUAAAAUUGUUGCAUUCAAAGAUUCAUGGCUUGCAACUAGCUAUGAUUUGCAAGACUGGGUCACUUUUAAAGCGAAAUCAUACGAAGCUGAACCUCCUCAUUGUAAUUUUGGUGUUCGAUUCAAAGCUCUAGCAAAAAGUGUAAAAUUUGAAUCAAAGGCCGUAAUGUCGGAAGGUAUUGGGACAUUUUUUAAAGUAGACGAACAUCAAGGCCAGUAUGGUUUUAUUACGACAAAUGAUGGUAAUACAGUCUAUUUCACUGCAAGCGUUGUUCGCCCGGAAACACAAGAUAUUCGUAGUGCAUUUAAAACUGGCGUACAAAUACGAUAUAAAGCGAUUGAACAAAAGCAAAAUAAUUGUCGUUGGAGAGCAAUUGCUGUUUGUAACAAAAAUGCUACAUUUGAGAGCUUUUCGUCGCGACAACAGAAGCCUGCUGAUAUAUCGAACAAUAAACAAGUUGCUGCAACUCUUAAAAAAACAUCUCAAAGCUCUACACCAACAGCGAAUACUGUGACAAAGCAUGUUGCAAACAAUGAAGUGCAUCCCAAUGGCCUGCAGACUGCAACAUGGGCAACGAAUAAUUUGUCUCAGAAUAAUAAUAUACAAUCGACGAAACAAUCAAAUUCAGCGCUUGAUUCAUGUCCAAAUUCUGUUUCUUAUUCCGAAACUUCGGGUGCUAUAGGAUCGAAGCUAUUGUCGUCUACUUCUCUUCUAACGACGAAUGCUUUAUCAUCAUCAGCUUCAUUUGUUGAAUCUACAGGAACUGGUGAUGCUUAUGAAGAUGCUGUCAGAUUGAUGGCAUAUUUUAGGCAUUUAGUAACUGAAUGCUCAUGUCAGUCAUGUAUUUUACGUUAA